AUGUCCGUCACACCAACUUCGGACUGCUCCACGCCACCGCCUGCCACAUCCCCCAGCUCGGGUGCAAAGGCCAACAUUCCGGAAGUGGCGACUUUGCUGUCCUUCUUGGAGAAUUGGCCGCUCGACGUCCCUCCAUUGACAUGGGCCCAGCCUUCUUACAAGCCUCAACAGGUGGUUCGGCCACCACCGGGGCUCGGCGAGCCAUGCUUCUUUGGCACCAAGCCCUGUCAGAGCGGAGGGCUUCCAAUGCGUGUCGGGGUUGAGGUCCCGAAACAUCCCCAUUUACACGACAGCCAUUCGUGCUCUGCUGGAUAA